CGGUCUCACGCAGCACGCAGUCAGGCUGGCUGAGGCUUCAGGCCCUCCCCUUCUGUACCCCGGACGCUGUAGUAACAGCAUUGCAUUGCCGCACUCAAACCUUGACAUUCGGGAAGCAGCAGUAGGUAGGAGUUGUAAGCAGUAUUUCUCCGUCUUAAAAGUCACGCUUUUACACUAAAGAAAGUAAGAGCCAGAAAGGCGGACAUUCCUGCCUGACUUCAGUUCCCAAGAAAUGGCUGCACAGGAUUUUAACAUCUUGCUGGCGACAGACUCGUACAAGAUUACCCAUUACAAGCAGUACCCUCCAGACGUCGACAAGGUGUAUUCCUACUUUGAGUGCCGUCGAAAAAAAGGAGACCGCUUUAACGAGGUUGUAUUCUUUGGCCUGCAGUACCUGUUGAAGAAGUAUCUUUCAGGUCCUGUGGUAACUGAAGAAAAAAUUCAGCAGGCAAAACAGAUGUACCAGCAGCAUUUUAAACAAUCUGUGUUUGAUGAGGAAGGCUGGAGAAAAAUGUUAGAGAAAUAUGAUGGUCGCCUUCCCAUCCGUAUCAAAGCUGUCCCUGAAGGAAAGAUUAUACCUCGUGGCAAUGUGCUCUUCACAGUGGAGAACACGGACUCGGACUUCUACUGGCUCACCAACUACAUUGAGACCAUGCUGGUUCAGAUGUGGUACCCUAUCACUGUGGCCACAAUGUCCCGUGAGUUUAAGAAGAUCUUGGCAAAGUAUCUCAAAGCCACAUCUGGAAGUCUUGAAGGGCUGGAAUUUAAACUGCAUGAUUUUGGUUACAGAGGAGUGUCUUCCCAAGAGUCAGCUGCCCUGGGGGGUGCCGCCCACCUCGUCAAUUUCUGCAGCACCGACACAGUCCCUGGGAUUCUCCUGACUCAGGAAUACUACAGCUGCCCCAUGGCAGGGUUCUCCAUCCCAGCUGCAGAGCACAGUACCAUCAUCUCAUGGGGGAGAAACCGGGAGGAGGAGGCGUUCGAGAGCCUGCUCAACCAGUUCCCCUCAGGGCCCAUCUCUGUGGUCAGCGACAGCUAUGACAUAUUCAAGGCCUGCAGGCACAUCUGGGGGGAGAAGCUGAAAGAUCGAGUCAUAGAGCGCAGCGAGGGCUCUACACUGGUGAUCCGACCAGACUCGGGGGACCCAACAGAGACCGUUAUCGAAGUUCUGAAGAUUUUGGAAGAUUGUUUUGGAAGCACUUUGAAUUCAGUGGGAUACAAACUGCUUCCACCCUACAUCCGGAUCAUCCAGGGAGAUGGAAUCGAUAUCAACUCCAUUGAAGAGAUUCUGAAAAAGCUGGAUGAUGAAGGAUGGAGUGCAGAAAACGUUUUCUUUGGCUGUGGCAGUUCUCUUCUACAGAAGAUCAACCGAGACACGUUAAACUGUGCCUUUAAAUGCAGUUACGUUGAAACAGAUGGAAAAGGGAUGGAUGUGUAUAAACAGCCGGUAACAGACCCUUCCAAAGGGUCAAAGAGAGGUCGACUGUCUUUAAGAAGGAACUCUGAUGGAUUGGUAGAGACCAUAGAAGAAGGGAAUGGGAAGCCUGAGGAGGACAUGCUAGUCACUGUUUUUGAGAAUGGGACCAUUGUGAAAGAGUACACGCUGGAAGAGAUCAGAAAACACGCCCAGCUGUGGGAGGAAAACCUAGACAUAUUGCAGCAUAAUGACGACGCCUUGCAAGAAACCGAACAGAAUCAGAAAAAUGUCAUGAAUGGAGUACAUUAAACAACUUGUGCUGCAGCUGCCACAGUUCCUUAUCAUGGACCAAUGGAUCUGCCUUUUUAUAGCCUACACUUUAGGUGCAUUUAAUUGUUUUCUUUAAAUGUUAUUUUUUUAAUUUAAUGUUGAAGCUAGACACUUUACAUGUAAUCAAUGUAUCCUGAUUCUUAGAAAAAGGUUUGUGAUUUUUCUAAAUAGAAGAAAUAUUUUCCAAUUUUCAGAUUGAAGAGUUUAUCCAUGUGAAAAAUCGAACAUUUCUUCCUACUUUUCCCUGUUAGGUUUGAAGUUGUUUAUUCUCAAAGCACUAAGUUUUCUAAAGGUCUGUGGUGUAUCCACAGCCUGUCCUGUUUCACAAAAAAGCAUAUUCAUUCUUAUAAAUACACCAUUAGCUUGUCAGCUGCACUUCAUUAUCAUUGAAGUAACUCUUUUAGCAUCAUUUGAUAACAUUUUAUAUUGAAUUUAACUUUUUGGUUUCAAGGCAACAUGUAAUUUCAUGACAUUUUAUAAAGAUCUGGUUUAUUAUGAAUGUUUUUUAUUUAAUCUUCUCUAUUUAACUGUUGGUGACUGCUACAUUUAAAAAUCAAAACUCAGUUUGAAGAACUUUGCUGUAUAUUCAUGUCAUUUCAUAAUUUGUUUAAAUGAAUGUUUUUAACUUAGAUAUUCUGUUGUUACAUUACAGUGAGAAGGGUGUUUUAAUUGGUGCUCUCAACUAUUUUUAAAUGGUUUUCUAAUUUUAUUUCAUGAAUUUAUUUGGCACCGGUUUCAUAAUAAGUUAAUAACUGCAUUCCUUUAGCACUUUCCUUCCUGAAUGAGUGGACCUACUUCAACAACUACUGAAGUGCAGUACCUUGUGUAACAUGUGACAACCAUAAUACCCUCACAGACCUACUAUACAGCUGAUGAGAUUGAAAAGUAACAAACUGUAUUAGGAAGCAGCUUUUAGUAGACCAGACUCCUGAGAGUGAAAGCUAAACAGGAUAAAGUAGCUAGCGCCAGUGCUUUUACAAACAGCCAUUGGAUCUUUAAUGACCAAGUAGUCAGAAUCCUGGUUUAAGUCCACAUCUAAGGGAUGGCACAGUCAACAGUACAGUUACCCCAAUCACCAUAUUGGGACAGUGUUUGGUCUGGUCUAGGGGGAAAAGCACCAUCUGCUCUUACAGCAGAAAACCAGGCUUUUCUUAGAGGUCUUCCAGCUUCUCCCCAGACUUGCUUGGCUUGGCUUCCUAGAUCUGAUGAGAUCAUGCUAAAAGUGGUAGCUUUGCUAUUGGUUACAAAGAGAGAGUGAUUUUGAUAUGAUGUUUUCAGUGUUCAUAUUUUUUUACAUUUGAAAAAGUUGCAAAUUGAAUGCAGAAUUUAAUCUAUUAUGAUCCUCACCUAGAUUACAGUGGUGUAGUUGUACAACACUAUGCUAUAAAUGUACAGCAUACCCUGAAAUCUGAGCAACAGGUACAGGGUUUGUGCUGUACUGUAUGUGAGAACUGCUAGAAAAAAUGUUAGUCAAAACUUUACUCUUCUGAAUUAAAUUUCUAAAAUAAU